AUGGACGGAAUACAAGGUAACCCAAUCUACUCAGAGAUGUCGAACCCUGAGAUCAUCGACACUCUCCAGAGAAACCCUGAUGAGCCUUCUGAACAUGAACAUAUGGAGCCCAGCGAAGCACCCGCUCAAGAAGAAGAUGAAGAGCGAAAGUGGCUGUGGGCAUUUCCUCAGAUCGAAGGUGUUCCUCCUUGAUCCAGAGGAGGCCACAGUGCCACUCUCACAGGGGCCUCACUUGUCAUAUUCGGAGGACACUACUACAGUGGUAAAGAAAUUGGCUUUGUGUACUUAAAUGAUACUCAUGUGCUCGAUGUGAAUGCUUCGAAGUGGAUUAAGCCUAAAAUUUUAGGAACGCCUCCACCUCCUCGUUAUGGCCAUUCAGCAGCUUUGGCUGGGUCCAGGAUCAUUAUCUUCGGAGGCAAAGGUCCUAAAGGCACUGCUUACAGAGACCUCCAUGCUCUGGACCCUGUCACAAUGACGUGGUUCCAAGGCCCAGAAGGGGGAGGUGCUCCAAAUGCCAGGUUCGAUCACACUGCCAACCUCAUUGGAGGAACCAAACUAUUCAUCUUCGGAGGCUGGAACGGCCAAGAGUUCUUCAACGACGUGUACAUCCUUGACCUUGAAAUCAUGGCUUGGUCUCAGCCAUCAACUUCAGGACCAGCGCCGUGUCCUAGAAAAGGCCACUGAUCGAUUCUCAUCGGGACCAACCUUGUAAUUCACGGAGGCUUCCAGUUCAAAGCUGACAAAAUUAAGAAAGCCAAGAACAAGAUUGGGACUACUCUCCAGCAGUGAUACCUCAACGACAUCAGAGUGCUUGAUACCGAAACGUUUGUGUGGUCUAGACUGAGAGUGAGCGGCACUCCUCCUGAACACAGGUUUGAUCACACAAUGGACAUCAGCGGACCCGACAUCAUCAUGUUCGGAGGGUGGACCAAGACUUCUGGAAACAAAGAGAAGCACGAGCCCAAAGAAGGCAGCAGUGACUACUUCAUGAUCUGGAGCACCAAUGACAUGAGCUGGAAAUAAAGGCAAAUACAUUGGGGUGCCUCCUACAACCAGGUUUGGCCACACCAGCACAGCCAUCGGACCCCACUUGCUCAUUUUCGGAGGCUGGGAAUACUCCAAAGCCCAGAACGAAAUCAUCGUUCUCAGAGAGUGAACAUCCAGAAUGGGCAGCCAGAAAGAUCACUCAGAGCCCGGAGACGGUGGCAUCAUCUCCGAAGGAGAAUAUGGCAACUAUGAAGCAGAAGGAGACCGAGAAGGCUCAGGUCUCGGAGACGUUGACGAAGAAGGUCAGGACCAAUAUUCAGACAAUCAAGCAGUCUAA